CUCACGAUCAUCACCGCCGUGCCCACCUCCGUUGCCAUUUUGGCUCAAGCACAGCGCUGCACAGGUUCCGAGGGGCCGUCGCCGGCCUCCCAGGGCUCCCUUCGGCCGUCUCUCGUUCAGGACCCCUCAGCUCUGUACAUCUGCAGACGGCAUGAUGCGCCUACGCACGUCUCACAGCGACGCGCUGCUCCUGCUGCUGGCAUCGCGCGGCGCCCCGAGCGCCGGGUCGCCGGCGAGCGGGACGUUGGCCCGCCCGAGGCUUGAGGGCUCGGCGAGCGGUCGCCCUCGCGAGCCGCAGGCCGAGCUCGGCAGGAUCCAGGCCACGGCGCGCAGUUGCUCAAGCUCUUGGCGAGUGAUGGGGCCUUCAGCGACUUGUUCGGUUACACGGUGGCCGUGAGCUCCGACGGAGCCCGCGUGGUGGUGGGGGUUUUAACUUACGGUGACGGUUCCGGCUCCGCGUACGUGCUCGACGGGGCCAUUGGCGAGAGGCUUCUCAAGUUCGUGGCGAUUGAUGGGGCCGCCUUCGACGGCUUCGGUGAAUCGAUGGCCGUGAGCUCCGACGGGGCCCGCGUGGUGGUGGGGGCCUACUUUGACGACGACCAGGGCGACGGUUCUGGCUCCGCGUAGGUGCUCGACGGGGCCACCGGCGAGAGGCUGCUCGAGCUUGUGGCGAGUGAUGGGGCCGCCUUCGACAGCUUCGGUUACUCGGUGGCCGUGAGCUCCGACGGGGACCGCGUGGUGGCGGGGGCCUACCUUGACGACGACCAGGGCGGCAAUUCCUGCUCCGCGUACGUGUUCGACGGCACAACCGUCACCACCGAGACGGCCACGACAACCACCGAGACAACGGCCACGACGACCACCGAUACAGGCACAAGUUCGGCCACGUCAAGCACAACAGCCACCACCGAGCCAUCGGCGGAGGAGCAGCAAGAUUCUUGGGGAUCAAUUGCAGUCUUCGCUGGUUUCUCGAUCUUCCUCUUGGUUUUCUGCGUCGCGCUCGGCUGCCUGAUGAGGCGCGGAGGUCCUGGCCGUGGCAAGGGCCCAACACACGAGCGCGCCACGCUCGACGUGGAGGUUGAGGCCAACGUGGCGGAGCAGGGCGCGGAGGUUGAGGCCAACACGUCAGAACAGGACGCGGAGAUUGAUGAGCACGAGUGUUUCAAUGGAUGUUCCGCUGGUGCGGCCCUCCUCCGUCUCCCAUCAGCCCUCCUGCAGUGUAUGUUAUGUUAUGUCUUUUAUCACUUCUUUUUGUGCCCUCCUUCGCGCACCAUCCAUUACGCAGCAUCUUCCCGUGUCUGUGCCCCGUUGAUGGCGUGAUCGUGGGGGGUGACGUGGGGGGAGGAGGAUCUUGGGAGUCCUUUUCGAGGCUCGAAGCUUCGAGCCAGUUUCGGGAUCUGAUUUGAAAGUUUGAACGCUGCGAGCCGCAGGUUUGCUGUGGCGCAGCUGCGCUGUUGUCAGGCCCAUUUCCUGGACUGGCUGGUUUAUUGUUUGACUCGGUGCCUGCUGUUCCUCAUCGUUUGCCCCUAGUUCUUGCCCCUGCCCCGUUUCCUCUCUGCCCCCUCCUCAUCCUCUUCAUCUUCUUCAUUAUACCAAUGCCAUGCCCGCCAGCAUGCAACGCGCAUUUACGUUGCGAAGUGGAUCAGGGCAUCGGGGGCAAAGCGUGAUAAGUUAUCUCCCGAGCUAUUUAGAGAAAAAGGGAGCACCAAGACGGCCGUAGAUGCCCCCCAAGAGUCUCCACAACUCUGCAAACUCUCUCCUCUCUUCUUCUCGCGGUACUGUGCCUCCGCUGCUUUCUCAUCAUCGCCAUUUGCUGUAACGAGUUGGCGCGAAGCUUUGCUGCACAAGCUGUGAGGGCAGAGCGGCAUGCACCCGCAAGUAGCAUGGGGCAUCGUUCCUGCUCGCACUGCAGCCGUUGCUUGCUGCACAUUGCGUCUCCAUGCUGCGAGGCGCGUAGCUUUGCAGAAAUAUGAGGUGACAGUGGGAUACACCCACAUAUAGCAGAGGGGCCCAUUGCCGUUCGCACCGCAGACUUUGCCUGCUGCAUUGUGCUCCAACUCAAAACAAGAUCCUACCUCCCACGACGUCGCCAGCGUUGCAUGUUUCUGCUUACGGUUUACGGAUCUUUGAAACAAGGGCUCGCCAGAGGGAGACAAGACUUUGUUGUCCUUUAGCGGCGCGGGCUCAAUGAGCCGACAGCCGUCAAUGCUGAGAGCACGACGCAGGCCUCUCAUUGCACACCUUUACCGAGCGUGCGCAGUUGCUGGACUCCAUGUUGGCCGCCGCGAUUAUAGAAUAAUGUUUGCAUGGUGCCCUGCCAACGAGCAGGUCGAGGCCCGUGGGAUGGAA